UCAAAACCGAGAAUUGCCACAGUGUCGUCUUUUUUGAUGUCAAGAGAGAGACAAAUAAAGUGAGCGACGGGAUAUACACACAAAUAUACAAAUAAAAGAUGUACGAGUACGAGAAACUUCAUGAAGACCUGAUAUUGACAAGCAGUGAUCCCAAAAAAAAUCAUAAAAACCGUUCUGUCACCAUUUCUUGCACUUCCUUCUGUUCCACAUGUUAUAUAGAAUCAUCAUCUUUGGCAUCCUUUUUGCGUUUGUAUGGUAUCUCCAGCCGAUUCCAUUUGAGCAGCUGUGUGUGCAGACGCGGGCGAUUAUGUCCUAUACCGCAGCUUGGCAUCAUGGUCAAGUGCGACCGCCGGCACCCUUCAAAAGAUACGGUUACUUUCUGCAUAUUACCGAUUUUCAUAUGGAUGAGGACUAUGUUCCUGGAGCAAGUGUCCGUUCGGAUUGUCACAGUUUGCCAGCUUUGUACCACCAAAUGAAACAGCCGAAAGUGGCGGGAUUGCUGGGUGCGCCAGGGGAACGGUGUGACGCUCCUGUCGAACUGAUCCAGCAAACGUUGAAUUGGAUCGGCCGUGAAUGGGGUGAUAAACUAGAUUUCGUGAUAUGGACAGGUGACAAUGCAAGACAUGAUUGGGACAAGAAAAACAGACGAAAUCGAAAACAGGUUUAUAACCUUAACCAGCGAGCAACCGAUAUGAUGAUCGAAGCCUUCUGGCGCCCGUCUCGCCGCAUUCCACUCAUCCCCUGUAUCGGUAACAACGACGUGUAUCCUCACAACCGACUGGAUGAUAACAGGACGGAUGCCGACCUUCUCACGUUUUAUGAACGCUUAUGGCGGCCCUGGAUUCCUGUGGACCAACGCCCGGUGUUUCGCCAAGGCGGUUACUUUGCAGUCGAUAUUGCUCCACGAUUGCGAGUCCUAUCGUUGAAUACAAUGUACUUCUUUAGCAGAAACAAGGCCGUCAAAAACUGUGUUUCGGAAGGUGCAGCUCGUGAUCAUAUCCGAUGGUUUGAAGACGAGCUGGCAAAAGCACGCCGCGACGGUGUUACAGUUUAUGUGAUGGGGCAUGUCCCUCCUUCACCUCGCGAUUACCGCAACACAUGCUUGCGCGAGUAUCUUCGUAUUGCUUCGGCCUAUACAGAUGUGAUUGCCAGCCAUUUGUAUGGUCAUCUCAAUAUGGAUCACUUUCUCUUAUACGACGGCCGAGACUAUACCACCGACAGCCAAACACCGGAAUUCAGUCUAUUGGAAGAUGAUAUCGACGACGACAGCCACGGCCACUUUGACGUCAAUCGUAAUGUUGGAAAAUACGUGGACUGGCUUCGUAGCAUGUAUGAGGCCAUUGACGAUAUUGAGGACAUGGCAAAUUUGCAAUCGGCUCCUCUUGUCGCUAUCCAAGUGAUACCGUCCAUCCUACCCGUCUAUUAUCCUGGAGUUCGCGUAUACCGAUACGAAAUCAACGAUAACCCUUACUCCCAACGGCCAGACCAGAAACCCUACGGCACAUUGCUUGGCUACACGCAAUACUACGCUAAUAUCACUGACUGGGAAGAGAAGCAUCCGAACGAGCCACUUGAAUAUCAAAUAGAAUAUGAAACAGGGGAAGAGUACGGUCUAAAGGACCUGACAUCCGAAAGCUUCUUCCAAUUGGCUAAAACCAUGGUGCAAGGUGAUUUGGCCGGUGAUCGUUUGUGGUCAAACUAUGUGCGUAACAUGUUUAUUCAGACAAUGAAUGAUACCUUUCUCUAUUGACUCUUGAUAUCAUAAUCCCCAUUUCUCCAAUUUUUUGUUUGGACUUUUAAAAGUCCUUGUAUUUUCACAACGUCAAUAAAACAUUACUGUAACAUUUUCUGUUGAUGUUCCAAAAU